CUUGGUUUUACAAUUAGGGUUGGAUGGAGAGUGUUGGUGGGUGGCCUAUACUCCUUCAAGUGGGAUAACAGACGUAAUUAAGUAAGUAAGUUGGUUUCACAAUUAGAGACAAUUUUGAAGGGAGUUAUAAAUACUAGUGUUAUAUUUAUUACAGCUGGAUUUCUACGGAUUAGUUUUAUUUUUCUCUAAAAUAGUCAAAUUGAUCAUUUAAUAGAACACAGAAAUGAACUUAAGACAUUGUACCAUGAGUUUAUCAAUGUGUUUAAUCUAUACAUUUAUGUUGAAUAACAUAUUAACAAAUGUAACUAGAGGACUAAGCAUUUUAAAUGAAAACAUUGUCAGACAACGUCAGUUAAUUGAUGGAUUGCAAUUGAAAAGUUUAAAUUGAUUCAAUGGGAAGAUACAAGUAAACAAUGCCAAGUGAAUUUAAAACUUCACCCGAUUGUACAAGCAAGUGGCUAUUAGGACUCAGUAGCUAAGUGAGAAUCUAAGGCGAAUGAUAUUGGAUUCGAGUCCUAGAGUGGACAUCAAUUCUAAGAUUCAGGUACAUUCACCUGACGUGUUCUAAAUAGGACGAAACCCGCCUCCUGGAUUUCACUACUAGCCACCAUCCAUCUUUGUUUAGAAUGUCUGUGAAUGAAGGUAAUACAGAUGCAAUACGCACAGUAUGCAAAUAUGCCAAUAAGAGGCUGACCAAUUGCAGUCCUGAACAUCAAUGGGAAAAUACGACUAAACUGUACCAAGUUAAUUUAAAACUUCACCCUAUUGCACAAGCAAGUGGCUAUUAGGACUCAGUACCUAAGUGGGUAACGUGAUGGCGUUUGGAACGAACGAUACUGGAUUCAAGUCCCAAAAUAAACAUCAACUCUAAGAUGUAGAUAUAAGCAGUUGACAAAUUCUAAAUAAGACGAAACACACCUCCUGGAUUCCACUACUAGUUACUAUCCAUCUUUGUUUAUAAAAUAUAAAAAAUACAUCGAUUGUUUUAAAAUAACCUUAAAUAUAAAAAACUAUUUGAUAUAAACAUAAAAUGAUCACAAAUUUAUUAAUCACAAUUCAAAGUUCAAUUAUCAACUCUUAUUCCUUAUGAUAAUAAUAAUAAUAAUUGUCUGUCAUUAUACUUUAUAAAGUCCAUUGGAAUUGUCAUUAAAAUGACCAUUGUUUUAUAUAGUACAAUUACAAUUAUGUUUAGUCGACAAUUUCAAUUCAUAAUUACCUUAUUAAUCUAUUUAUCUUAUAUUAAAGGAUUUACUAUACAUAAUGAAUAUCUUCAAAAUGAAAAUUUACUGAACUUAUGUGGUCGUUGCAAUAGAACAAUUGCUAAGGUAAUAAAUGAUUUAUCGGAUUUGGAUUUUCAAUUGAAAUGGGAAAUGAAACUUGUCAAUGGAUGUAAAUAUACUGGCCCGCUUCGUGAUAAUUGUGCAUCAUUAUUCAGUUCAACAAUGAUUAAAAUUAUCAACAAAUUUAUAGUAAAUAUGAAACCUGACAAAGUUUGUAAGAAUAUAUAUUUAUGUUCUAUAUAAGUUUCGUCAUGGUACGACCAAUUCAAUCAGUUCUGUAUUUAUCGACAACUUUUGGCCAUUUGGAUUUUUCUUUCAACAAAGUUUACUACUGAAAUAUAUAUAAAGUAGCAUAAAAUUAUCUGACUAAAAUAUGUGACGCGUCUCAAUAAAAAUGUAUUUGAAUAAAAAAAUAUUUUUAAUCAUUAGAAAGUGGGUGAAAAGUGGGAUAUACACUAUUUAAUAUGAGCAUCAAUGUCACUAAAUAUUGUGAAUUGAAAACUAAUUCUGAAAAACAGUAUACUGAGCUCUAUCUUGUUCUAUCGACUGAUUUCUUAAUCGUAGAGUCAUAAACGGUUCACAAUCAUACACGCAUUUAUGCUUCUACAUCAGCAUUUCGUUUCUAUAUCACCUGAGCUUCAUCAUUUGAAGUCGAAGAUUACUUCUACAAAUGAAUUAAUAACUGGAAUUCACAUACUUUUAGAAAGUUUCCGGUAGUGUGAUAAUUUCAUGCAAUUUGUUCCUUUUAUGAAUUUAAAUAAAGCCAAAACGAACAUUGAUGCAGAACAGCAUGAAUUCAUUGUACUUGUUGGUUUCUCAUCAGCUGUUUAUAACCAUAUAUGUAUUAGAAUUUUUCAUUGAGUUAAGAUAUAUUGUGGAACAAUUGACAUAAGUGAUAAUUCACCAAAUCCAGAAAUGGAAAAUCUUCCGAUAGCAUUCAUAAUCUCAUAUCAUGUAUCUUCACUGCUAGUUUGUGUCUCUGUAUGCGUAGUUUGAAUCAGAUUCUUUUCGACUCAGUGUUUCUCUUAGUUGAUUCAUUUUAAUACGUAAAUAAUAUCUACUUUGCCUUUCACCGCUGUUCAGUCUUCUGGUUAAUGUGAGAUUACUAGUUUGCACACAAUACUGAUUCAGGUGAGUUUUGAAAUGUCUUUCAUGGAGAACUAUUCAAUGUUGAGUUUAUGGAUUUGAUUUUUAAAUAAAACGUCAAUUUCUUAAAUAUGUUUUGAUGAAGUUUUGGAGAAGUUGUUUUUAUGGGUAGUAAACAAAAAUGACUUACUUCCGUAUUUUGCCCGAUUAGACGACUUCAAAGAGUUCUGUAUGUUGAGUAUAAUACCUAUACAUUAUUCUUUGUGUCUUUUUUGUUAACUACUAUUGUCAAUAAUUAUUUGACCGGUGUUAGUCUAUUUCUAAUAUUCUGUUAUAGUUGAUGUUCUGCUGAGUAUAGUAUCCAAGAUUAUACUCCCUUGUUCUGUAUUUGUAAACUCGCUACUGUAAAAGAUGUUUUCCAUCAUAUGA